UGGGAACCAUGGGACAGACUUUUAGUGUAUGAAUGGAAUUCGAGGCAAACGUGCCUGCUUGAAAGAAAUCCGACAUCGGAAGCGAAAUUGGACAUAGCCGCAGACGAUAAUGAGAAUGAUAACGAUAAUGACGUUAAUGAAACUGAUGAUCGUUAUGUUGAUACAGUGCCAGUUGCAUGCUGCCUUGCCACAUGGGGAGGUGGAAUUUGAGGUGGACGUGGAGGCGGACCCAAUUGCUGAACAGGAUAGAUCUAAUUGCCCCUCGAGCUGCAGUUGCCAAUAUGCCGCCUUCAAUGAGCUGCCCAUUGCACGUUGGGUGAAUCACAUGACCAGCGCUGAUGAUGAUACCAAUCUUGAUGAUGCAGAUUUUCUAAUGCCCUCUAGAAUAAAGCUAGCGACUUGUCUUCUGCAGGAGGAGAAAGAAACGCAGCUUUUGCUCAAUGCCCUGCCCAUCGAUCUACAGGCAUUGAUCCUCUUGCACACGGGCAGUUUGAAUAAUCAGCUGACAGUUAAUACUAGCAGCCUGCGUGUACUCAACCAGCUGAUGACACUGGAAAUUCGCGGCACGGACACAACAACGCUUAUUAUCGAUGAACCGCUGGAGUUUCUGCAGCACGCCAAUUUCGAGGGAUUGCGAUUACAAGCGAGCGAUAAAUUGCAGCGUCCCAAGUAUUCCAAGUUGCCCAGCGAUGAUUACGAAUACAAGCCGCCAAGUGAUGUGGCUGGGAAUGAAGUGACACCCAAAUAUCAGCUGCAAUUCGAGGCAGAUGCCGCUGUGGAGAUAAUGAGUUAUGAACAGCAUGUGGAACGAUUAAAACAGACACGAAUGCCAAGUUUCCAUGGCUGGAGUCGAAUGGAAGUGUUGCGCAUUCACAAUUGUCAGUUGAACCAGUUGCACUGGCAAAUGUUCGAUGGCCUAACGCAGUUGCAUUAUCUAAGCCUCGAGCGGAAUGACAUUGAGGAGCUGCAACCUUUUGCAUUUUCGGGUGCACCACAUUUGAGAAGCCUCUCGCUGGCUCACAACUCUGUGGCACGAUUGUAUUAUUUAGGAUUAGCUGGUCUUCUGGAACUGGAGACUCUCAAUCUGGCAGACAAUCAUUUGGAGCGUUUAAGUGAAUCAAGUUUUCCCCCCUUGCCACGCCUACAGAAGGCGGAUCUGAGACAGAAUCCCAUAAUGUACAUAUUGCCCGCAACAUUUUGGGUUAUGAACGAUACUCGGGAGUUGCAGCUGGGAAGUGAAGUGGCAGCUCUGGAGUUACGCAGCUGGAACAGCUAUGGACAGUUCGAUUCGUUGCACAAACUUCAAAAACUGCACUUGGGAAAUGUAACCACAGCCAGUUUGGAGCAAGGAGUUUUUAAGGGACUGCAAUCUUUGGAGCAACUGACAUUGAGAGGAAGCAUUGUCAGCGUGCAGUUUGAUGCAUUUGCUGGAAUGGAGCAAUUAAGGGAGCUGGACAUGAGUCAAUGCGGCAUCGUGGAGUUAUCGAUGGAUGCAUUUAUGGGUGUCAAGCGUUUGCAACUGCUCAACUUGUCACACAACAAUUUGACACAUGUGCCGAAUGGUUUAUUGGAUGAUCAACAGCAAUUGGAGAUGGUGCAACUACAGGGAAAUCAGUUGAUAACACUGCCCACAAGAUUCUUUCAACAGCCGCGAUUGCGUGCGGCACGUCUAGAUCAGAAUCCUUGGCAAUGCAGCUGUGACAUGAGCAGCUGGAAGCCACGACUCACUAAUGCGAUACGCCUGCCCAGCGUUAAGAGCUGCAUCCGCGAUAUUCAUGGCCAGGACAUUUCCUGUCGUCAUGUCGUAAGCUACGAGACGGACAAAAGUCUUGUGCCACGAUGUGCCAACUACAAUGGACGCAGUGUUUACUAUGUGAUGCGUAAACAACUCCAUUGUGGCGCCAUGUUAAUUCUUACACCCUCAAAGGCGUCCAGCACUCGUGGCCUGCCACAUUGGCGCAAAUUGGAGAUGCAAAAGCAGCAACAACACUUGAACAGCUCCAAGAAGCCAAAACAGAAGAAGAAGCCUUCCAAGAAACAACACAAAGUGCAUUUCGCACAACGGAACAGCCUUGAUUUAAUACUGCGACAGCAACAGCAGCAGGAGCAGCAGCAGAUGCAACAUAAUGAGGCAUCAUUGCCAGCAUCUGAGACACAGGAAAUGUCCAAUGAGAUUUAACAUGCACACACUCGCACAUAGUAUAGCUUUAAGUUGAAUAUAAUGUUUAAUGAAUGAUUAAUAUGACAAGUUAAUUAGAUAAACUGAAAUAUAUACAAUUACGCUUAGACUGAAAA